CGCCCCGCCCCGGCGGCGCCGCCUCCGGGACAGGCAGCCCCGGCAAAGGAAGCAUCACCUUCCCGCUCCCCGCACACGGCAGGAUUUGCCCGGGGAAGGGAAGAAGCAUGAUCAAGAUGAACUGCAUCCUGCUGAUCACCUGCAUUGUUCUGAUUGCUUUUUGUGGCUCUGGUCAUACCUUAAGAUGUUACCACUGUGACAACAGCCCUACCCUGUGCAGGACCAACAGCACGUGCUUAACAUCUGAAGAUACUUGCUUGCAGUUGAAAUUUGGUAAAUUGAGAACUUUCUCCUGCUGGAAGUCAUCCCAGUGCAGUACGAAUGAAAUUGCUGAUUCUUUCAUGUUGGAUAAUUUUGAAUUCUUUUGCUGCCAACACGACCUGUGCAAUGAGAGUGCAAUUACUGGGGUUAACAAAGCAGCCUUCAGUAUUGCUUCUGUAAUGGCCAUGUUAUGGAUGCUCAUGUAAUAAUCCUGAUUUGUUAGCUGUUCUUUCAAGAUGAAAUUACAUAAAACCAUUUAACUCUUUUCUGUAUUGCAUAUUUUCACCUCCUGUCCAUAGGCAGAAACAUUCCCUUGUAAUUUUAAGUUGUUUCCCGAGGUUCUGUCUGUUAAAUCACUGUCUCCAUUCAUGGGAAGGAGAUGUGUGUUGUUACCAGUUACUGGGUGUUUUGAUCUGUCCCCCUGUUCAUAGGGAACAGGUUUGGUGAAGUUAUGUUCUCUUGUGGAGGGCCUGGGCACACUCCAGUGGGUGAUGUGAAGGAGAAGGAACACUUCCAGCUCUUCUGCUGGAAAUAGUCAUUUUUUUCCCUGUCCUAUAAACUGUCAUUAUUUUUGGUUGGCAUUUCUGUGGGUUUUGAUUUGUUUGGCUUUGGAUCUUCCUUGUCACAAACCAAGCAGUGGAUUUGCCCUCAACACAAGAAGUGUUGGAUCAUAAGUGCACCUUGCUGCAGUCUUUGUGAUGAAAAUGGAAAUAUUCAGUUUCAACUCAUGUAAACACUUUGUUCCCAUCACUGUACCUUUUUUUUUCCCUACAAGCCAAUGAUAUAACCUUGUCAAGUGCUGUUAUUUUGGGAGAAAGCAUCUACAUUUUUUAAACCAAAACCAAAAUACUGCUGUAAGUGAGAAACACUUUUUUUUUAAUAUAUAUAUAUAUAUAUAUUUAUGUGAGCAUGUAGACAACAUGCAAUAGCUUCUUUUUUGAUUUCCCCAUACAUUGUCUAUGCUUAGGAUUUUAAACGAGCAUGUGCUUUGCACUGAGUAUUUAUUGGUAUACUGAAAAUUGAUUAUAAAAUGCUAAGGAGUUGAAAUGAAAUGGCACAAGUAGGUUACUUCCCCACCUAGUUAGCUUUUGGGUUUUGUUGAAAACAGUGACAUGUAAACUUAACCCUUCAAGCUUCCACCUAAGAGUAUUAAAAUCUUGCAAAACUUUCUUUCCAUAAAUGCCAAUGCACAGUAUAGGUGUGUAUUUGUACAGCAUGAAUAAAACCUGCUCCAUUUGUAGGUGUGAGAGGUCAAAUACUGAAAUACUUACAUUGCUCUGCUCUGUGGUGGAGACAGACCUUGGGAAAUCUCCAGUGCCUGGGGACCCUCUCAGUCAGGUGGGAUGCCAGAUCCUCUUUUUCUUCUUCUGGAGCUGCUGGUGUAUCCCUGCCAGAGUUGUGUCCAUUGCCAAUGGGAUAUUGUCAUGCUGAGGACCCUCGUUUGUGCUCUUGACACCAGUGACAUCAGUGACACCAGCUCACCAGUCACAACAAGGGUGUUGUUCCAAAUCCCCGAUGUAUUCCACAAUGUACCUUUUGGUUGAGCUUAUUGGAGCUAUGAGAGUGUCCUGGGAUCUCUCCCAUCACUUGAAAUGUGGAAGUCAUCCUGUCUUUGAUUAAUAAAAACGUCAAAAAAGCAGAA